AUCAAUUAUCAUCUCCUUUGUUCCAUCCACCCAUCGCGUUUUAAAGAGGGAACUCGCACUAAAGAAUCGAGAAGACAGAGAAACAACAGUGGUCUUUUGUAUUAACGGAGGCUGAUUAUUCUGUAAUCAGACCAAAAUGACUGAAGAGCAGGAUCUCAUGGCCAAGAUCAGCCAGCUUGCUGGCCAGAUCAACAGACACAAACAACAUCCUCAGACCGAAGCUUCCCAUGGCGCGUCCCAUCACACUUCAUAUGUGUCCAGACACUCCCGAGCGCGUCCAGGGUGGGCACCAUAUCGCGGACGACCGUACGCGCGUGGGCGGGGCGGCGCGCCUUCGCACCGCAACCGAACGCUCGUUCUAAACAACGCAACAGGUUCAGCGACUCCCGCGAGCUCAACGCCUUCCACUGGCCCUGCGACAGACAAUGAUAUUGAGGGGUCGGCGACGCCGAACGGCUGGGUCGCCAAACGCGACCGCCACAUGCAGCUGAUCAACUCGGCCAUCUAUGACAAAGAAGCUCAGGCGCGGACCAAAGCCAUGGAAGAAACCCGGCAGGCUAAGUCUCGAAAGAAGGCACAGGCUGAGCAGACCAAAGUGCUCCGCUAUGCACAAGGCUUCGGUAGACAGCAUCCUACUAGCGCUGCGGCGCCGCAGAUGUCUACUACCGCUGGACCGUCGGCUGAGUACCAGGUUUAUUUCAAUGAUAUGCCCUUCCGGGUGUCUCGAGGCGGCAGUAAACUCAUUCGAGUAUCUGGUGCGGCUCUAGGUGACACUGUGUUCGUCAGGAGAACUAGCUUACCGUUCAUAGAUGACCCCAAUAAGAUCAACACCACGCCGAAGAAGGUGACGCUCGCCGGUGUGACUUUCGUGCGGAGCAAAAAUGGAAACCUUCAUCGUCUUGGGGCGGUGACUUCGAAAAGGAAACAAAUGCCGAAGAAGAAGAACGAGCUGUGUACAAGAUUUACCACCACGGGCACCUGCUAUAAAGGCCCGACCUGCCCCUACAUCCACGAUCCCAACAAAGUUGCCAUUUGCAAGGACUUCCUCCAGACUGGUAAAUGCAACGCAGGUAUAAGUUGUGAUCUCUCCCAUGAACCUUCGCCCCACAGAUCCCCCACUUGUAUGCAUUUCCUCCGCGGUCGCUGCGCCAACCCGGAGUGCCGAUAUGCCCACAUCCGCCUGACACCGGGGACCCCCGUGUGCCGGGACUUUGCCAACCUGGGCUACUGUGAGAAGGGCGAGGCGUGUGAGCAGCGACACGAUCACGAGUGUCCGGACUAUUCCAACACGGGCACCUGCAAUAAGAAGCGCUGCCGGCUGCCGCAUAUAGACCGGGCCGGGCAGAUCAGGAAGAACGCCGCCAUCAAGGCCGAGGGAGCCAAGGAUGAUGACGAGUCCGAUGCCUCCAGCGAGGAAGAAGAGUACGAUGAGAUCGACUCGGAUGACGUUGACUCAGACGAGCUAGACGAUGAGCCUGAACUCAUCGCAGGGAAUGGCAGUGGCGAACUGUCGCAGCAGCAGGAUUACAUCCGCUUCUAAUUAUUUCCCACUAACUGCAUUCAACAGUAAUCGGACAUUAUACUGGAAGUUGGAGAAAAGAGAAAACAGAAGAACAAGAGAAGAAGAAAAAAGAGAAGAAAAAGUGAAUAGAGGGGAUGACAUGAUUAUUGGUGGAUGCGGUUCAGUAAAUAUGGACGCAUAGGUUGAUUGUUUCGGGUUGAGUUGGUAGUUGAUACCCUAUUCUUACAGCAAGUUCUUGGUACAUGAUUAUCUGUUUUAUUAUUUAAUUUAUGGAUGUUACAG